AUGGCGAUUCUGUAUGGUGUUGUGGCGCGUGGGUCAGUUGUGCUAGCAGAGUCAAGUGCCACGUCAUCGACCACCGCCAAUACAGUAGCCCGCAAGAUCCUGGAGAAGAUCUCAGCCGCUAAUCACAAUACCAACGUCUCUUACUCACAAGAUCGCUACAUAUUCCACGUCAAACGCACGGAUGGCCUCACCGUUCUCUGUAUGGCAGAAGACAACGCUCAGCGGAGAAUUCCUUUUGCAUUCCUUGAAGAAAUUCACCAACGAUUCGUGCAAACAUAUGGGCGAGCCGUGCUGACUGCCCAAGCCUAUGCAAUGAACGAUGAAUUCUCGAGGAUUCUGAGCCAACAAAUGGAGUAUUACUCAAGGGACCCUAAUGCUGACAGAAUUAACCGCAUCAAAGGCGAAAUGAGUCAGGUGCGGAGUGUGAUGAUAGAGAAUAUUGACAAAGUUUUAGAGAGAGGAGAUCGACUGGACUUAUUGGUCGGUAAGACGGCGUAUAUGCAAGCCAACAGUUUUCGCUUCAGAAAACAGACUCGCCGUUUGAGAAACAACGCCUGGUGGAGAAAUGUCAAGCUAAUGAUGGCAUUGAUUUGCCUUGUCUCGCUAACAGUUUACGUUGUUAUGGCUUUUGUUUGUCAUGGCCUUACACUUCCAUCUUGUCUGAAAUGAGAGUCUGAUCGAGCAGGCACCCAGAUUACACUUCCAGCUAGUAUGCUUACCUGUAGAAUCACCAACAUUGUAUCCUUUCUCUAUUUUUACAUACCCUUUAUCUUAAGAAUACACAUUGAGAUUUCAUACAUUUUUCCACUUGCAUCUCAGAGUACAACAGAACUGAUGGACUAACUGAAAGACUUGGUGAAUGGAAUUCGAUCAAACUCAUCGUUUCAUACAUUUAAAAUUUACGAGAAGAGGAAAAGAAUAAAUAACACGUCAUUUCUACUCUGUAGAGAGACAAUGGCUGAAAAAUGUGAUCCGACAAGCCUACAAUCUAAUUGCUCUAUGGAAGAGUUCUCACCCAAACUGCUGGCACUGACAUUUUACUCGUCUUUCAGUUCAAAUCAAUCAGCAUUGACUAGCAUGGGAGAAAUUUAUGGUUUGUUUCUAGCUCACAAUUUCAAAUAAUGUUAUAGCAGCAAAGACAAGGAAGAGUACACCACCAAUGUAUGCAAUAACCUGUUCAACACAACAGUGCCAGCAACGAAAAGAUAAAUAGAAGUCAUGUUAUUUUAGCUAAAUACACGGAAAAGAGAAGGAAAAAUUAAAAUGAAAAAACAAGAAAAAGACGCACACACACGCACGCACAAUUUUCCUUUCUGCAUAGAUCACAAAAGAGAACAGUACCUUCUCAGAGAGGU